AUGAACAUUUAUUAACCAAAUCAAUCAGCACUUACCAAUGCAUUUAAAUCAUAGGCUACUCUAACAGAAUAGAAGAUCAUCUUUUUAGAGUAGUCAUUAAAUAAGGCAUAAAGAGAUGUAAAAAGUUAUUGUAUACAAUAUAUAGCUAAAUGAUGUAAGAUUUCAAUAAAACCAUUUAAAGUCUAAAAGAGAAGAUUUAAUUUAGAAUUAUCAUAAAACAAAUAGAAAACUCUUAAAAUAAGUAGAUGAAUUACAAUAAUUGAUUAAUAAUAAUUAAUAGUACAUCAGAUUAGAUUAAUUAAUUACUGCUUUUAAAAAUAAUAAUUGGAAUGAUCAUAUAGCAAGAUAUCUACAUGAGAAUAAUAAGUUAACAUCUUAAAAAAUAAAAAUAAUUUAAAAAAUUAUAUUAACUGAUUAAUAACUAAAUGAUUGGAGAGAAUAAAUAAACAUGAUUUAAGAGGAUAUUAAUGGAUUACAUGAUUAAAAUAGUGCUUUGAUUAUUGAAUUUGAAGAAUUAGAUGAAGUAAUUCAUUAAUGGAAUGGUUCUGCUAUAGAACCAAUUAGCAAAAUAUAUCAAAUAAAAAAAUAGUUAAAUGAACUUAGAGCAAGUUAUUUAGAUUUAUCAAGUGAAAGAUAACGAAAAGAAUCUAAUUUAAAUGAAUUAACAUCUUAAGUUGAUUCAAUUUAAGAGAAUCUUAAUUAAUUGAGAAAAGAAUAAAUACCAAUUUUUUAAGAAAUUGAUUUUCAACUUAAAUAAAGCAUUUAAUUUUGGUUUUCACCAGAUUUAGUUUAUAAGAUAUUUUUAGAUAUAUUUAAUGAUUAUGUUGAUUUUAAUAAAGAUAAAAUUGAUGAAGUAUUUAGUAUAUUGAUGUAAAUUCAUGAUAAAAUAGUUGGAUGUUGUUUUAGUCUAUUACAAAAACAUAUUAAAUUUGAAGAAAGAUAAUAAUUAUUUGAUAUGAAUUUUCAAGAUGCUACUAAUUUAAUUAAUUAAUAUUAAUAAUGGUUCAAAGAAAUAGAUGUUUAAGAUUUUGAAUGUUUGCUAGGUAUUUAUUGAUUAAUUAGAAGUUUAAAAAAUUAAUAAUCAUUAAUUUAUGAGUAUCAUUGAAUAGAAGAGUUAGCGAUUCCAGGCUGUUUUACAGAAAUAAAUACGAAUUUUUAGUUGUACCCAAGAACACACAAGUCUUAAGUAUGGUUAUCAUAGAUUCUGCUUAGAGCUCAAUAAAUUGAGCUAGAAAGAUAAGUUCAUAAGUUAUUGUAUGAAUAAUCGAUGAUACAGUGCAACUAUCAACGUUUAGAAUCCUAGUUACAACAACUCAAGAUUGCUGGGCCUAUCCUUAUAAUGAACACCCAAAGUUAUCAAUUAGAACAAAUAUUAGAUAGAAUAAAUACUAUUGAAAUUAUUUAAAAGAAAAAUAAAUAGUAAAUAGAAUUGAAUUAUCCUCAAUAAAUUUCAGUAAUUGAAUCAUAAAUAAUUCAAUACUAAAAUUAAUUUUAAUAGUUGAUUGAAUAAUUAUUAAGCAUUAAAUCAGAUAUAAAAUUAGUGUAUAAUUAAGAUGUUGAUCAAGAUGAAGCUUUUUUAUAAAUGGAACUUCAAUAACUCAAUUAGGAAUUACAUACUUAAGAAUUAUUAUUUUCUAAAUCUAAAAAUGAAUGUGAAAUUAAAUUAUAAUAAUUUGAUUAUGAAGAAAGUAAUAAUAUUUAAUAUUAAUAUAAAGAUGCUAUUUUAAAUAGAAUUGAAACUAUAUCAUAAGCAAUGAAUGAUUAUCGUAAUUAAAAGCCUAUUAAAGAAAAUAUUCCUCCUACAGAUUUACAUUCUAAACGUUAAUCUUUAGAUAAUAGUAUUUUUGACAACAAUAAUAAAUCAAAUUUGAAAUAUUCUUGUCAUGAAAAUACAACAGAUAGAAGUCAUUCAAGAUCAAGAUCAGCUUUGGGUGCAAAUUCAUCAUCUAAUUCUUUAAGAAACUUUUUGAAUUUUUAAAGUCCAUCCCAAUUAAAACGAACUAAACUAACACUAAUUCAUAAUCAUUCCAACAGAAACUCAUAAAAAUAAUCAAUCAACUCUUCUGUUCAAAAGAUAGAUGAUAUCACCCUAUUAUCACCAAAUAAAAGUUUUAUUUCUAAUAAAAAUUAAUAAAUCUAAUUUAUAAAGACAUUUAAAGUAUACAAAAGAACAGUCUAAAAUACUCUCAUAUAGAAACUUUAAGAAGUUAACAAUUAUGUACCAAAGUAAAUUCAAUUAUUAUUAUAUUAUAGAUUUGUUAAAUAUAAUGAAAAAAUGAAAUGCAUAGAAUUUUAUAAUGCUAAUAGAAUUGGAAGUGAUUUAGGUGUCAAAGAUUCAGCUUUGAAUAUCAAAUAAAUAGUUGGAAUAACAUAAUAACUAGUUAAAGGUGUUAUUAAAUAAAGUAAUCAUUAUAUAUAUAUAUAUUUAUAGAUUUCACUUUCUAUGGACUAUUUUUAUUACUUUAGAAAAAUCAGAAAGUUGAAAUUCUAUUUGCUAAAUAAGAAGAAUUAAUUUAAUUCUUGAACAUCUUGAAGUGA